UAAAAACACUCCUACACCCACCUACCCACAUUUUGUAAAGAAGAAGGUGAGGUUAAAAACCUUGUAUUCCAUUUCUCAUGUAAGAAAGUAACUUGUGAGGUGACGUUUACAAAAAUAAGGGAGAACAGAUUCUGUAGCUCAUCAGAAGAAAUGGUGAGGAAAGUAAGUGAGCAGCACAUAACGUGAAGGUAGACCCAAGAAUUUGGACUUAAGUUUUGAAAGUCAGUACAGCAAUUGGACAGAAUUUAAGUAUCCUAAAAGAGGAGAUUUGAAAUGGUCAGUAUGCUCUCCCUUGCAGAAAAUAAACACUUGGUAAUGGGAAUUAGUGUUGAAUUUGAUCCUCUUGAGAGAAUUCCUCUGAGGGACUGGCCCACACCAUUGUUAGCCUGUUUCUCCAGCUUAUUCUGGGGAAAGCCUACCACCACCAAGCUUUGUUGAGCCUCAGAAUUUCUAACAGUCUGAAAUCAGCUAGAAUGCAAACACAAUUCUUGAUUCCCUAAGGGUCCUACUCACUUCUCUGCCACUGCCUCUUUAUUUCAGUUAGGUGAUUUGGAGAUAAAAGAAGGGCUGUUUUAAUUUGGAGUAGGGGGAAAUAGAAGUGUUAGCACAGGCUAGCCCUUCAUUUAUCCCACUGAUUAAAGCACUAAUCACAGGUAGCGUCUAAAUUUGAGCUUCACUCUGAAGAAUUUGCUCAAAGUGUCACAGUGUCUCAGGUGAUUGGGGUGUAGGCGGAAGGAAUUGUUUAGUCUUCCACGGGCAGGCUCAGCAGGGAUUCUGGGAGUGGGGACAGCUGUGUUGUCUUCAUCCACUCAUCCCCUUUACAGUCCUGGGUCCUUGGCCUGCUGUGGUCCUCUGGACCGAAAGUUUUCCUGCUCAGGUCCAUCUCUGUGACCUGCUGAGCACUUAAGACCAAACUGCCUCUUAACCUGGGAAAAAGUGCUUUGUUGAGCUUCCAGAUUUACUGUUUUCUUUCAGUUCAAAGAAAACCUAGUGUACAUUAAGCUGGGCAAAUGAGUCCUAAGCUGCUGAGAGAUGACUCACUUCCUGUGUGCACAUGCCACAGGCUCUCAGGGACCUGGUCCUUCAACUCAGUUUGCCUCCCCUUUCAGCCUUUAUGUGGACCCUGAGCCCCGUUCCACUUUACUGGUGCCGCAAGAAGCAAAGGAGCAAAGGGUGACUGAGUGGUGACCAAAUGAAACCCUUUUUGUUAACAACUGGAGCUCACUGGUCGUGGUAUUUUGUGCACUGUCUGCAUGGCAUUGCUUGCGAAGGGCAGAGCUAAGACAACACUUCUGAUUCCUGACCAGUUGUCCUGGACACUGCUGGUGCCAGUGUUCUUUUUUUCCCAGGGUUCUUUUUAGAGUCAUUAUGUCCUCACAGUGUGACUUUACACUGUAUGAAGCAUUUCCACAUGACCUCAUAUGAGCCUAACAGCAAAGCUGUGAAAGGAGCAGGGUGGUAUUAUCACCGUUUUAUAGCUCGGGAAGCAAGUGCAGAGGCAGCAUUAUAGUGGAAUCCUGAGAUUGCUGUUUACUUCCCUCCCCUGAGCCUCAGUUUCCUCAUCUUUAGAAUAACACUGAAGACUAGAUGGUCUCAAACGAUCUUUUCAGCUGAGUGUAUCCAUGACCCUGGAGGAGGACAUGAGAGCCAGUGGUGGAUACCCAAGACCAUAAUAGAUGGGAAGGUGGGAAACUAUGCUAGUGUGAGGAAUGCCUCUUCCUCAGGACAGGUUUCCUCCAGGAGGCGCACGGGUGGUGGUAGCAAGUGGCAGCCAGGGAUGCGCUGUCAAGAUUCUGCAGGAGACUCCGCGGCUUAAUUACGGGGAGUGGCCCCACCGUACCCAACAUGGCAGCCCCUAUGUGAGGAAACCCUGACGCCCACUUCCGGGUUCCGUACCGCUGGCCAGGCUACUUCCGGCAGCGAGAUGGCUGGGUUCCCGGGACUCGAACGGAAGUUCCGGCGGGGGCGGCCGAGGGGGAAGAGUGUGUGUCUGUGCGGGAGAAAGAGGAGAAUCGCCCGAGAGGUCUCGAAACCCACAGGGAGUGAGGCCCCAGCCGUGGAGCCCUGUGGUGUAUGUGUGGUAACACCAUGUCUGUGCCCCUGCUCACCGAUGCUGCCACUGUGUCUGGAGCUGAGCGGGAAACGGCUGCGGCACAGCUGGGCUGACGCCCUCUCCACCAUCCGGCUCCCUCACGUCAAGUACAUCUGUCCCCAUGCGCCUCGGAUCCCUGUGACACUCAACAUGAAGAUGGUGAUGCCCUCCUGGUUUGACCUGAUGGGGCUGAGUCCAGAUGCCCCGGAGGACGAGGCUGGCAUCAAGAAGGCAGCAGAGAACAUCAAGGCCUUGAUUGAGCAUGAGAUGAAGAAUGGGAUCCCUGCCAAUCGGAUCGUCCUGGGAGGCUUUUCACAGGGUGGAGCCCUGUCCCUCUACACAGCCCUCACCUGCCCCCACCCUCUGGCUGGCAUUGUGGCAUUGAGCUGCUGGCUGCCUCUGCACCGGGCCUUCCCCCAGGCAGCCAACGGCAGUGCCAAGGACCUGACCAUCCUUCAGUGCCAUGGGGAGCUGGACCCCAUGGUUCCCGUACGGUUUGGGGCCCUGACAGCCGAGAAGCUCCGGUCCGUUGUCACACCCGCCAGGGUCCAGUUCAAGACUUACCCAGGUGUCAUGCACAGCUCCUGUCCUCAGGAGAUGGCAGCUGUGAAGGAGUUUCUUGAGAAGCUGCUGCCUCCUGUCUAACCAGAGUUGCUGGCCUCCAGCGCAGUCCCCGGCUCACGGGGACUUGGCACGCGUGGCACCAUCUUGGAUCUGAGCCGGUCGAGCCCCUUUCUCACCCUCCUGGACCCAUCCUUUUCCCACAGCCCUCUGGGGCAGGCAGGCCAAGGCCUGGCCAGGGAUUCCUUCCUGGCUUCAGCCACCUGGCCGUCCGCUGCAGGGGGGUGGGCUGCUUUCUUAUCCCAUUUCCCUAGAGGUGGGGCCCCCCCGGCAGCAGUAUUGGAGGGGCUGUAGGCAGCGGGAGAAAGGGGCCCAGCCGCUGACCCACUCACUCAGGACCUCACUCACGAGCCCCGCUUUGGGCCCCCUCCUGUGACCUCAGGGUUUGGCCCAUGGGGCCCUCCCAGGCCCCACCUCCCACCCCUCCCCACAACCGAUUCUGCCCAGAUAAUCGUGUCUCUCCUGCCUCCACUCUAGCUGCUUCUCAAUCAUGAAUGUGUCCAUGGCCCAGGCUCCCUUGCUGCUGUGGGCUCCCUGCCCCAGCGCAGGAGUGUGGGUGACGGGGCAGAGUCCUUCGAGGGGGCCUCCCCUCAGCCAUUCUGACUUAGGGGCUGGGCCCUGCCUCCCCAUUACCCUCCACCCCUGCAGGCCUGGAGCCUGCAGGGCUGGACUGAGGCUCAAGGUCUCCCCCAGUUGCCUCACCCCACGUUGUCCCCACUCUAGGGCCGGGGGGAGGUGGGGAGGAGUUGUGUCUCGUCUUCUGUCUCCAUGUAGUCUUGGGUGUUUUUCUUGUUUUGUCUGGAUUCCGAUAAAAUUAAAGAAAUUGCUUCAA